CGUCCGAAAACGCAUACGUACAGGAUAUGCGUUUAACAAACUGACCAGAUAUUAUAUCAUCCAGUCAUCAUCUUUAUCUUCUUCUUCUCUCUCUCUCAUCUUGAGAUUCUCAAUCCAUUCUGGAAAGAAAAAAAAACUUAUCUCAUCUCUCUCUCUCCUCUUUCAGCCACGGCGAUUAAAUCCGCCUCGAUUCCACUGGUCGCCGUUUCCAUGAUCUAAUAAGCUCUCGUCGUGCGCCGCCGCCGCCGGUUCGGUAUUUCCGGCGAUUGAUGAGACAGAAACCCAGAAGGGCGCGCAUACGAAGAAGAAGAGGACAAGGGUAAACGAAAAAAAACCGUGAUUUUCUUUUUUCUCCACACAAAUCUGUGUGAUCUCCCAUCGUUUUGGUCCUGUUCUGUUGUGAUCUACUUCGAUCGUAAUCGGGAGGCUGAGAAAAUGGAGGUGAUGAUGGGACCCACGUUCUCUAUCGAUGUCUCCGCCACGGCUGAGUUCGUCAGGGAUCGCAGCGUUGCUCCGUCCCCUCCGCCAUCGGAGAUGACGUCAUCAUUCGCCGCUGCCGCACCUGGUCGAGCCGGAAGCGGGGUAUGGUCGGGUCAGACGGCGGAGUACUCGUCGGAGAGUUCGUCGUCCAUCGGGUCGCCGGGAGAAAGCGACGAGGAAGAAGACGAAGAUGUUUCAUCAAAGGAGCAAAGUCUACGAGGGUUAGGCUCUUUGAGCUCUCUCGAGGAUUCUCUCCCCAUCAAGAGAGGAUUGUCGAAUCAUUACAAAGGGAAGUCGAAAUCGUUUGGGAAUCUGGCGGAGAUCAGCUGCGUGAAGGAAGUGGAGAAGCAAGAGAACGCACUGAACAAGAGACGAAGAUUACAGAUCUGCAACAAAUGGGCGAGAAGAUCGUUCUACGCAUGGCAGAACCCUAAAUCCAUGCCUCUUUUACCGGUAAACGAAGACGAAGACGAGGAAGAAGAUCUGAAAUCUGGGUUCGACGAAUCGAAAUCGUCGGUGUCGUCAUGGAGCGAGGAAGAAGGACCGAGAAAAUCUUCGUUCAAGAACAGAGGUCUCAAGUCACGAAGCUGCUUCGCGCUCUCAGAUCUGCAGGAAGAAGAAGAUGACGACUAUGAUCAAUAAAAUACCGAUAUUUCUGAAUGAUGAUUUUUCUUGUUUGUUCAUAGUUUUUUUUUUUCUUUUUCUUUUUUAAUUUAAUUCGUCUCGAGAAAUUUAAUGUGCCUUUUUUUUUAAAAAAUAUAUCGAUAAAAGAGAAGGACGACACUAAGUGCAUGUGUCAUUUUCUUAGCUUA